CGCGCGCAGAGUGCGGCAGAGACGCGCUUCUGCUGCAGGUGAGAGGCGCGCGCUGGACAGAGGGACCGUCCUCGCGCUGGAAUUUGAAUACCACAUUCCUAGCAUCUCUGCCAGGAUUAUAACUCCGUGGUUGCUCAGUUUUUCAUUUUGCCUUAACGCUGAACGGCACAGUGGCACUGCAGAGAUUUCUUUAUUUUCUUUUUCUUUUCUUUUUUUCUUCUCUUGUGCAAGUGAGAGAACUCUUAGACGCUGAGUGGACUGGAUAAAUCUACGCACACGGAGAGGACAGAUUAUUUGCGCGUUUUAUCUAAAGCACAUGAAGUUCUGAUAUUUCAGUUUCUAUUCCGUAUGGUGGGAUAUCAUCUGGAGCGGAGAGGUCGCAUCUGGGAAGACUGGAUUUAAAAGAAUCGAUUGCGCAAUGGAUUGAAUAUCUGGCUUCGCUGUCUUUAAUGAAAAGACUCGGCGAUGCCAUGGCAAAGACGGAAUAGUCUCAGCAAAUAAUUUUUGGCAUGCUUAUGUCAAGCUUAAUAUUGAAUGAAUUUGUUAAGACUUUCUAUCAGUGUUAUGCAUAUUUUGAGUUAUAAAUAAAUGCAAAGGGAAUAGCCCGAGCCUAGACUGAGAGGAGCAAAGAUAACAGAUAUGCGCUAUUCUGCCUGAGUUUGGUAACUGCGGAGAAAACGCAAGCAGUGAGAAACAGGCGCUUUAAAAAACAAACAAACAAACAAACAAAAAAAGCUGUUAAACAAAAUUAACGUUCAGUUUUGCCGGAAAACCCUCGAGAAGCAAUGAGGACUACAGGCAUUGUGGACUGUUUAAGCUACUGCUUUCUUAUUCUGCAGCUGCUGAGUCAGCCCGCAGCCAAGCAAGUGCUCCGGUACCGCCUGGCUGAGGAGGGUCCUGCCGAUGUACGGGUGGGUAAUGUAGCCGCGGACCUUGGCAUCAUGGCUGGCAUGGAUGUGACUUUUACAUUAGAAUCUGGCUCCGAGUACUUCAAAAUCGAUAACAUGACCGGAGACCUGAGCACGAACGAGCGGCGCAUAGACCGCGAAAAGCUGCCGCAGUGUCAAAUGAUUUUUGAUGAGAACGAGUGUUUUAUAGAUUUCGAAGUGUCCGUGAUAGGACCCGCGCAGAGCUGGGUUGAUCUCUUCGAGGGCAAAGUGAUUAUUUUAGACAUAAACGACAACACGCCGUCUUUCCCCUCACCUGUUCUGACGCUCUCCGUUGAGGAGAACAGACCCAUUGGCACACUUUAUCUGUUGCCCACGGCCACCGACAGAGAUUUCGGUCGGAAUGGAAUUGAGCGCUACGAGUUGAUUCAGGACAACGGCGAGAGCUCUGUCAGACGGAUCGGCACUUCCGGCUCUGGCAGUGUUGACACUCACACGGGCAAACGGAGGCUCGACGAGGGCGCGAGCCGUAGCAGCGUCUUUGAACUUCAAGUUGCUGACACAACAGACGGCGAGAAGCAGCCGCAGCUCCUUAUCAAAGGCGCGCUGGACAGAGAGCAGCGCGACUCCUAUGAGCUCACUCUGCGUGUCAGAGAUGGGGGUGACCCCCCACGCUCCUCCCAAGCCAUUCUUAGGGUGAUGAUCACAGAUGUAAAUGAUAACACCCCACGCUUUGAAAAGAGUGUUUAUGAGGCAGACCUGCCAGAAAACAGCUCCCCAGGUGCCCCCAUACUCCAGCUAAAAGCGGGCGACACUGAUGUUGGAGUGAAUGGACAGAUUGAAUAUGUCUUUGGAGCAGCCACAGAGUCGGUGCGACGACUGCUGCGUCUCGACGAGAGCACUGGCUGGCUCAGUGUUUUGCACAGAAUUGACCGUGAAGAUGUGAGCCAGCUUCGCUUCACAGUCAUGGCACGUGAUCGCGGACAGCCUCCUAAGACUGACAAAGCGACAGUGAUCAUCAACAUCAAAGAUGAAAAUGACAACGUCCCCAAUAUAGAUAUCCGAAAAAUCGGACGCAUUUUUCUCAAAGACGGUGUGGCCAAUGUGGCAGAGGACGUGAUUGUCGAUACACCCAUCGCUCUGGUCCAAGUUUCAGACCGAGAUAAAGGACCGAACGGUAUAGUGACGUGCACCGUAGUGGGAGAUGUUCCGUUUCAGCUCAAACCUGCUAGUGAGGUUGAGGGUGAAAUGAAUAAAAAGAAGUACUUUCUCCAUACGUCAGCACUACUUGAUUAUGAAGCAGUGCAGGAGUAUAAUGUGGUCAUCGUUGCUGUUGACUCUGGGAGCCCUAGUCUUUCUAGCAACAAUUCACUUAUAGUGAAAGUUGGGGACAUGAAUGACAAUCCCCCAGUUUUUAGCAAAAGCACAGUGGAAGUUUCAUUUCCUGAAAACAAUGCUCCCGGUGAGCGUGUCGUCACAGUAGUGGCCUUAGAUGCAGAUAGCGGCAAAAAUGCAGAAAUCUCUUACUCCCUGGACUCUGCUGUUAACGGAAUAUUUUCCAUUGAUGCAGACACUGGUGAUAUCCGUGUCAACACCAUACUUGACAGGGAGCAGAUGGAACGAUAUGAGUUCAAAGUUAUCGCCAAAGACAAAGGCAUGCCUGUCCUGCAGGGCUCGGCCACUGUGGUAGUCCUGGUGGCGGAUAAAAAUGACAAUGAGCCAAAGUUCAUGCAGGAUGUGUUCACUUUCUAUAUACAGGAAAACCUGCAACCCAACAGCCCUGUUGGCAUGAUAACGGUCAUGGAUGCCGACAAAGGACAAAAUGCAGACAUGAGUCUAUACAUUGAGGAAGAAGAAGACAUUUUCUCUAUUGACAACAACACAGGCACCAUCUUCUCAAACAUGGCUUUUGACCGUGAGCAAAAAACCACUUAUUCAUUCCAUGUCAAAGCUGUUGAUGGAGGUGAUCCACCCCGGUCAGCUACAGCCACGGUGUCUCUCUCUGUAAUGGAUGUAAAUGACAAUCCCCCCACUGUCACUUUUCCAGUGAAUAGCUCAUACACGCUGCUUCCUCCUUCUAGCAACAUAAGGACAGUGGUCAGGACUGUCUCGGCUACUGAUAGAGACACAGGUGUUAAUGCUAACCUCAGCUACAGAAUAGUGGGCGGCAAUCCAUUUCAGUUGUUUGAAAUUAAUGCAUGGACUGGUGUGAUUAUGUUAGUUGGCAAACUAGAGCAAAAACAUUUUGGCCUUCAUCGACUGGUUGUGCAAGUGAAUGACAGCGGGGUUCCAUCUCAAAGCACCACCACAUUGGUUCACAUCUACAUCAACGAAACGCUUUCCAACUCCACUAUUGUAGAGGCGCAAGUUGCCAAAAGUCUUGGUACGCCACUCAAUGCUGACAUUGCAGGAGACCCUAACUAUGACUUGGGAAAGCAACGGCUGAGCAUCGCCAUAGGAGUUGUAUCAGGGAUCAUGACGGUGAUUCUUAUCAUCUUGGUAGUCGUCAUGGCCCGCUACUGUCGUCCCAAGAACAAGAACGGCUACGAGGCUGGAAAGAAAGACCAUGAGGACUUCUUCACUCCUCAGCCACAUGAUAAAGGCAAGAAACCCAAGAAAGACAAGAAUAAGAAAAAGUCUAAACAGCCUUUAUAUAGCAGCAUCGUCACAGUCGAGGCAUCCAAGCCAAAUAUACAGCGCUACGAUGGCGUUAAUGAUAAACUGUCGGACAGUCCAGGAAUGGGCUGCUAUAGGUCUGUCAACGGUGGCCCUGGAAGCCCAGAUCUUGCCCGCCAUUACAAGUCCAGUUCACCCUUGCCCACCGUUCAACUGCACCCUCAGUCGCCAACAUCAGGGAAAAAACACCAGGCGGUUCAGGACCUUCCGCCAGCCAACACAUUUGUCGGCACUGGAGAUAACAUAUCCAUCGGAUCAGACCACUGUUCUGAGUACAGCAGCCAAACCAUCAACAAGUACAACAAACAGCCGUUCCGCCGAGUGACCUUCUCAGUGGUGAGCCAGCCACAGGACCCGCACCAGGGCUCGCUGCAGAGCUGCUACGACAGUGGCCUGGAGGAUUCGGAGACGCCCAGCAGCAAGAGCUCGUCUGGCCCCAGACUAGGUGCCCUCCCUCUACCCGAAGACGCCUAUGAGAGGACUACGCCUGAUGGCAGUGUCGGUGAGGCAGAGCAUAUGGAAAAUGACUCUCGGCCCCUGCCUGACGUAGCUAUGACGGGUAAAUGCACGCGGGAGUGUGACGAAUAUGGCCACUCGGAUGCCUGCUGGAUGCCUGUGCGCACCUCGCCUGAACGUAGGCCCAAGGCCACCCCUCCCAAACUCUCCACCUUCAUGACCUCCCCCGGGGGCAGCAUUGCUGAACAGCCUGGCAGCCAGGAGACGCUAGCUGUUGCCAACGGGGACCACUCGCACCUCCUGGGCGACCGUAACCGUAAUCUCCUUAACAAGAAGAUGGCUUCCUCCUCCUCAUCCUACGACGCAUUUAGUUCAGCUGGAUUUUCUGUCAGCGAGGAAACGUCUCGCCCCAUUGAGGAGAUUCCGCUAGCACCCACAGGUGAAUACAAGCCGAAACAAUGCGGAACUCUCACCAGGCGGGAAGUUUACUUGUAAACGACACACAGCGACUGCGAGGGAUGAUGACAGUGAUUCCCCAUUGUCAGAGAUGCUGUAAGCAAACCAAACCCUAAAACAAAAGCAACAUGGAUUUUCCUCAAACUGCUAGCGCUAUUAGUGCGGCACUACUUUCGAACUUAAAUAGCCGUCUCACUAAAAACUGUGGAAUUACAUGUUGUAUAUGUGCGUGAGAAGGAUGAGACGGGGGAGGGGGAAGUGGCCGAGGUGGAGAGAAGGGAAUGUAGGUGGAUCAGUACUACUUUGCUGCUAGCGUAUUGGGCCUCGUAGACUUCCCCAAACUGCUGCCUGGUUUCUGUAGACCUCUUUCUAAACAUGCAUGCAUCAUCUAGCCCCUUAAGAGUGUGUGCCCUUUGAAAUGGACCUGGACUAUACCUUUUUGUCUUUGUUUUUAUAACUGAUUGUGAACCGAUGCGACUGGUUCUGUCUUUUAAUCUGUUUUUAUUUUGGGGGAAAGAUGGGAGUGUUUUUACAUGGAUGUAUUAUGUCCAUAUGCAAUCAGUCAAAGCACUGAACUGUCCAGACAACCAAUCACAUUAUCGAAUUAAAAAACAAAAAAGACAGGCUGAUGAUGGACGAAAAUCAUCGCACGACGAUCAAUGAUGGCAUAACUAAAUUAUGUCGGAGUGCUUCGUACGCCGUCAUUGACUUUAGCCUUAGUUUUAAAAGGGUUUGUAGAUACUCAAAUGGUCGAAGUCAAUGCCGUAUGCGCUGUAAACGACAAACUUACAGCGUGAAAAGCAAGUUUACCUGUGUGCCUAACAACUUUAUGUAGAAGUGAAGGAACACAAGCAUACAAAGAUCCACCAAUGCACGGUUUUGUCAUGUGGGUGAAGUAUUGUACAAACACACACACACAAUCUGUAAACAUACUCUUGACACACGUAUUGAAAUCACAAGCAACCCGUUUUCAUCCUGCUCCCAUACACUUCUGGAAGCAGAGGGAGGUUAUGUACAUCUCACAGCUUGUCAGUUAUUUGCCUGAAUGCCAUGGCUUUGUGUAAUUGUGGUUCAUCUCUCUAUAUAUGUGUGAAACUAUGCUGAAGUUUUGGGGUCUCAAGUUGGCCUUCCGGCACACACACUUGCAAACACACACACAAUUGAUCCACACAUUGUACAUGCACAUUAUAAUUAUCCCAUAAAUCCACAGGAACACGAUUUGGAUAUUCUGCUGGGGUGAAUUAGUUUAAUAAUAUUGCCCUGCUGAAGAGCUUGGGCUGGCCCUGUGUAACAUUCCAAAUAUGAAUGUUAAAUAGAGCAAUAAACUCAUUCAACAGAUUCACUCUCAAUCUCACACACUUCAGAAGAGUAAUCAAGGAUGAGAAAUUGUGUCCCGUGUAGUACAAUCACAUUCAAAGUUCAGCUACUGCAGGCACGAUAGGAGCGAUUGCAAUGGGGCAGAUGAUGCUGCUGUAUAACCAAAGUAUCGGGAACAACAUGAUAUGAUGUUUCAAAGAACUGGGACAGGAAAGCUCCUUUUUAGGUCACAUGUUGCUUAAUUACCUUCACAUAUGUUUCAUUGUAAUGUGGGGAUACCAAAUGCAGAAUUAUACAUGCAUCAUGGGCCUAUCCCAAACCACUUGCAAGAGGAGGAGUAUACUUAGCAGGCCACGUGCUUUUACAAAAAGGUGGUAAAUUAAUCAGAUGCAAAUGUUUUUCUUUAUGACUCCUUAUGUUUGAACAGACUGCUUUUUUGCAGCGUCCAGAUCUGUAGUCUGUAUGUACUACUCGUGUUUAAAAGAAGUGCUCUGAUGCUUACAAUCUGUAUACAUAGAAAUGUACGUUUUUAUUGCACGUUUAAAGGGAAUUUACACUUACUAUGAAGAUGAAAAAAAAAAAAAAAGUGUACAAAUAUCAUAACUUGUGAACAUGGAAGUCCACUGCUUGCGUUUGUUACAAACAGACACUAGACAUUGUAAUAUGACUAUGUAUAUUGAUUUGACGAGGAUGAAAAAGAAUCAUACACAUUUGUUAUUCAGUAUUUAGCAUCAUAUCACCCAUUGCUUAUUUAUCUGAUUUAUUUACAAUUUUAUUUUAUGGCAGAUGUACUUUUAUCCAUUGGUUCUGUAAUGUUUAUAUUCUUGUCACAUAAAAAUACCUUUCAUUAAUAAGCAGAUUCAUUAUGUAGUUGUGAAACAUGAGUCCAGAAGAAAUCAAAUGGACUCUUAACAUAACUCUCUAUUGUAUUUGGUUUUCAAAUAUACGCUCAUAAUGAUGCCCUCUUCAGAUCUCAUCAGUCAUAUCUUUCCCUUUCCUUUCCAGUGCCACUUUGUUUAUGUAGUGCUUAUGUAAAAAAAAAAAAAAAAAAAAAAAAUCAAAACAAAACUAGAGUGAAUGCAAAAUAUGCAACUGUGCCUUUUUAUACCUUUAUUGGUAUGACUUGUUGGUUUUAACCAGUAUGAAACCAAUUGUACUGAGAUGCUUUCUAAAAGUGGGGGAAGAGUACUUUAUGCUGAAACUACAGUCCUGGCAAUUUUACUAUGAUAGACUUUAAAAUAACAAAAGCUUUUAUCUUGUGACUUCUUUAAGUAAGCUCAGUCAAACUUUGUCAAGUAUGUUGAUGAGUACCAACUGUACAGGUCAUAGGUGAUACCCUGGUAUAUCCAUCCAUUUCAAAGUUAUCAUGAUCACACGUCCAAACUGUGUUUUCUUUUUCUUUUCUUCUUUUACAGCAAAGAUAACUUUAGUCAUGAAAGCGAAAGUUCAAAAAGGAUUGUCAACAACACAAUGCUGCAAUGGCCUUUACAGAAAAACAGAGGAAAUGCAAAGCGUGUCCUUAAGCGAUGAAGCAAACAUGCUUUGAGACAUUCUGCAAGUUUCAUGAUAUUAAAAGGUAGAUGAAACACGGAGCUCCAAAGGUUUGUGAAUGAGACACACACCUCAGAGGACUAUAAAGUCUGAUUACACAUAUAUAUAGCUGAUUACAUGCAACAGGCAGUUACUACAUUUAAAAAAAGAAACCGAGGAGAUCAACAUCUAUGUCUGCUGUACAUGCCUGGAAAAAGUCUGCACCUUAAUUCCUAAAAGACAUCUGACUUUCUUGUCGACGUGCUGAAAUCGCUUUUGUUUAAUUGUCGUUUGCACUCUGAGGUGUGUGUUCCUUAAGCUUUCAACUUAGAAGAAGAUACAAGACUUAAGUUGUAGAACUUAGGUCAUAAGAAACAUCACGAAAAAAAAAAAAGAAAGAAAUUACAAAAUUGUCCUUAUUUGUCCUUUGACUUGGAUGUUGAUGUAGAAUUGAGAAUUGAUUUUAAUCAUUGUUUUAUUAUGAGUCACUAUGCACGCAGCUUAGCUGAACAUGGCAAAUGUACUGAGCGCAAGCCCACCUCUAUUUAUGAUCUAUUUUACAUAAUUUUUGCUUUUGUACAGGUAUUUCUGUAAAUAAAUUGCUUGUAAUUUUUGUCUCUGCAGAAAUUAAAAUAUACAAUGAUACAACAGUGA